UCAGCUUACGUCCCUCGCAGCUUCCGAGAAACCACAGGAGCCUAAGACCUAGACAUCACUGCAAGGUGCAGUGACAGAGAGGAGAGAGGUGCAGGGAGGAACUGGGGCAGAGUGGCAGAGAAAGUGACACAGGGAGAGCAACGUGACAAAGAGAGGGACGAGGAAAGAGGCAAAGAAAGUAACCAAGGGAAAGAGGGAAAGACGGCAGGGGAAGGGAGGGGUGAGUAAAAGCCAAAGGAAACCAAGAUCACCAAGGACACAGAGGAAGCAGAAGAGGCCCUGGGAAGAGGGACGCAAGUCAUGCCCCAUAGCUCUGACAGCAGCGACUCCAGCAGCUUCAGCCAGUCACCCCCACCUAGCAAACAGGAUUCUUCUGAUGACAUGAGGAAAGUUCAGAGGAGGGAGAAGAAUCGCAUCGCAGCUCAGAAGAGCAGACAGAGGCAGACCCAGAAGGCAGACACUCUGCACUUGGAGAGCGAGGACCUGGAGAGGCAGAACGCUGCCCUGCGCAGGGAGAUCAAGCAGCUGACAGAAGAAAUGAAGCAUUUCACCUCAAUGCUGAGCUCCCAUGAGCCCCUCUGCUCCAUCCUGACCACGGUGCCCCAACCACCCCCGGAGGUGCUGUAUGCCACACAUUCCUUCCACCAGCCCCACAUCAGCUCCCCACGCUUCCAGCACUGAGCCCAGCCACAAGGACACGCAGCCUGCAGGCUCCACAAAUGGAAAUCAGAGAGCCCACGGGGCUCACUCUUUGGUUCACAGGAGGGACAUGGACUGUUACAGCUAUUCCUUCCCCUCCUUCAAGCGUCUACUGGGCCAGGCCCAGGGUCACAUGUCUAGGAGUUGGCCCCGGUGCAGAUAUGGCAGAACACCAGGAGGCAUCUUCAGGGAGGUUAAAUCUCAGAUCAAGAGAGAAGGGAAGCGUUUGCAAAUUGGCACCAAUCCCUGUUCUGUUGUUUGCACUGGGACCCUCGCAUGGGUCUAUGUGACACAGGAACCCUGUCUCCAUGUGAGCAGUCAGCUGGAGACUUCACCAGUGAGUGCUCCCAGGAGAGGAGUGCUGGGAAUGAGGGGCCAUGGGGUAGCGGGGGAGACUGGUUUAUUUUUAAAAAA